AUGUCUUCAACUUCUUCUAAGAAAAACGAGGUUCUAGAAAGAGAGAAAGAGGUAGAAGUGGAACAGGCUGAUGAGUCUCACUCAUAUUUUUAUCGUACGGUGGUAGUUCCAUUCCGUCGUUUGAAGUGGGGUUUCUUGCCUGUCCGCAGGGAAGUUCCUGAUGAAGUUGAGGAUGAAGCUUGGCUGCUUCGUGAGGCUAAACUACAGGAUGAAGUGUCUCCCGUGGAGUACAGAGACGAAAAGAAUAGGAAAUGGUGGAACUUCUUCGAUGAGUACGAAUACAGAGUCAACAAAACUUAUAGAAAGAAACACAAAUGGUACAAAUGGUUCAAUGAGACAGAUACACCUGAAGAGAGAAGAGUCAUCCUGAAAAUUGAUGUUCUUCUGACUUUGUAUUCUUUGAUGGCCUAUUGGGUUAAAUACCUGGACCAGACGAAUAUCAAUAACGCUUAUAUUGGUGGUCUGAAGGAAGGAAUUGGAAUGGUAGGUAAUGAUUUGGUUAAUACUCAGGUUAUGUUUACCAUUGGUUCAAUUAUAUUUCAGAUUCCCUUCAUGUACAUUUUGUACGGUGUUCCUUUGAAUUACGUGCUUCCCUCUUUGGAUAUUGCCUGGUCGAUCGUCACCGUUGCAAUUUACAGGGUUGAAAACGUUCCUCAGCUGAAAGCCCUCAGAUUCUUUAUUGGUGUCUUUGAGGCGCCUUCUUAUUUGGCCUAUCAAUACUUGUUUGGUUCCUGGUACACUGUUGAUGAGAUCUCGAGAAGAUCAAUGGUGUAUUACUUGGGUCAAUACUUGGGCUUAUUGACUUCCGGUUUGCUUUCAGGUGCGAUUGUGGACAAUUUGGAUGGACUCAAUGGACUGGAGGCUUGGAAAUGGAUCUUUAUCAUUGAUGGUGUUGUUUCGAUUGCUGUUGGAUUGAUUGGAUUCUACAUGAUCCCCGGUACACCAGAAAACUGUUAUUCCAUUUUCCUUUCUGAUAAAGACAUCCAAAUCGCAAGAAGGCGUUUGAAGAGAAAUCGUACUGCCACAAUUCCACAAGUGAAUCACAAAGAGUUGUUCAAGUCACUUUUCAAACUGGAUCUGUGGAAAUCAAUUCUCUCCUCCUGGCACAUAUAUGUAUUGACUCUCUGGAACGUCUUUUGCUGGAAUAAUAAUAACGGUACUUCAGGAUCAUACGUGUUGUGGAUUGAUUCUUUAAGGAACAGUGAUGGAAGUCGUCGUUUUGAUCCCGGACAGAAACAGCAGAUGACUGCAUUGACACCUGGUCUUGGUUUACUGUGGUUAUUUAUAACCUGCUCGUAUGCUGAUUUAUUCCAUUCCCGUUGGCAGGCAAUAUUGUUCUCCCAAGUGUUCAACAUUGCUGGUAAUGUUAUUCUAGCAGUGUGGCAUGUUCCCGAAAGAGCUAAGUGGUUUGCCUUUUGUUUGCAAUACUUUGGAUGGGCUAUGGCACCAGUUCUUUAUUCUUGGAUGAACGAUAUCUGUCGAAGGGAUCCACAAAAGAGGGCUAUUAUGUUGGUUGUGAUGAACAUGCUUGCUCAAACAAGUACUGCAUUCAUAUCUGUGCUGGUUUGGAAGACAGUUGAAGCACCCAGGUUCCUCAAAGGUUUCACGUUUACUGCAUGUGCAGCCUUCAGUCUUAUCGUUUGGACUUUUGUUGUUCUGUAUUUCUACAAGAGAGAUGAAAAGAGAGAAUGUGCUAACAAUGGAAUUAUACUUUAUAACUCAGAAACCGAUAGAGAACCCAUUGGCCUACACCAAGAGGACAGCUCCGCCGAUUUUGACAAACAGGACUAA